AAACCAGUAUGAACCCAGGAGGUGAACAUGUUGAUAAAACCACAGAUGGUCCCAGUGAUGGGCAGCAGGAUCAGCCAACACAGAGGCGGCGGAAACAAUACAGCUCUGACAUUCGUCUGAAACAAUUCAGAAAGACCUCAACUCUGAGAGCUCAUCAACGUACUCAUGCUGGAAAAAAGCCUUAUAGGUGUGACCAAUAUGUGAAGAGAUUCAAAACUUCUGCAGGACUGAAGAUUCAUCGGUAUACCCACACUAGAGAAAACCUUGCCCUAACAAUAUCUAAAGUGGAGAAACUACAGUUGGAAGAGAAUACUGGCGUUGGCGAAGCAACGACGUCACUAGAAGAGAACCAAACAAGUAUGAACCCAGGCAAACAAGAUUAUAAACCCUCAGAUGGUCCUAGUGAGGGACAACAGGAUCAACCAACACAGAGGUGGCAGAAACAACACAGCUGUGACACGUGUCUGAAACAUUUCAGGAAGAUCUCGACACUGAGAGCGCAUCAGCGAAUCCACACUGGAGAAAAGCCUUAUCUUUGUUCUGAUUGUGAGAAGAGAUUCAGAUGUGCUAAAAGAUUGAAGGUUCAUCGACGUACCCACACUGGAGAAAAGCCUUAUCUUUGUUCCCAGUGUGAAAAGAGAUUCAGAUGUGCUAAAAGUUUGAAGGUUCAUCAGCCCAUCCACACAGGAGAAAAGCCUCAUCUUUGUACCUAUUGUGAGAAGAGAUUCAAAUAUUCUACAGGAUUGAGGGUUCAUCGGCGCAUCCACACAGGAGAAAAACCUCAUCUUUGUACCUAUUGUGAGAAAAGAUUCAGAUGUACUAAGAGAUUGAAGGUUCAUCGGCGCAUCCACACAGGAGAAAAACCUCAUCUUUGUACCCAUUGUGAGAAGAGAUUCAGAUGUGCUAAAAGAUUGAAGGUUCAUCGGCGCAUCCACACUGGAGAAAAACCUUAUCUUUGUACCCAUUGUGAGAAGAGAUUCAGAUGUGCUAAAAGAUUGAAGGUUCAUCAGCGCAGCCACACAGGAGAAAAGCCUUAUCUUUGUUCCCUGUGUGAGAAGAGAUUCAGAUGUGCUAAAAGACUGAAGGUUCAUCAGCGCAGCCACACAGGAGAAAGCCUUAUAUUUGUGGCUAAUGUGAGAAAAGAUUCAGAAAUUCUGCAAGACUGAGGCUUCAUUGCUGUGUCCAUGUGGGAAAGAAUACCUAAUCCACACAAGAGAACAUUUGUCACAAUAAUAUUAACAAGCAUUCAAAAUCAAUUGUUAUGUUGUCUCAUUUUUUGCAGUAAAAACACACAGCUAUUAUACAAAGUCAUCCUGUAAGCAUCUCAGUCAAUAGCGUAGAAGCUAACAAGCUGUUCACAAAACCAUUUCCAGAUACGUUUAAGCAUUAAGUAGA